GCGGUGGGGGGAUUUCCAGCCUCCGCUCUUCGCAGUUUCCUCUCCUUGUUUUGCUUUCGAUCUGGACUGUUCUCAGGCAAGCUGGGCAGUAACUUUUAGUUUUGCUCCUGCGAUUAUUCAACUGACGGGCUUUCAUUUCCAUUUCACAUACCCUAGCAACACUUAAACCUUGCGGAAUUGUAUUGGUAGCGUGAAAAAGCACACUGAGAGAGGGUACCAUGCCAGUGGAAAGGAUGCGGAUGCGCCCCUGGCUGGAGGAGCAGAUCAACUCAAAUACGAUACCAGGGCUAAAGUGGCUUAACAAGGAAAAGAAGAUUUUUCAGAUACCUUGGAUGCAUGCGGCUAGACAUGGGUGGGAUGUGGAAAAAGAUGCACCACUCUUUAGAAAUUGGGCAAUUCACACAGGAAAGCAUCAACCAGGAAUAGAUAAACCUGAUCCAAAAACAUGGAAGGCAAAUUUUCGAUGUGCCAUGAACUCCCUGCCUGAUAUUGAAGAAGUCAAGGAUAAAAGUAUAAAGAAAGGAAACAAUGCCUUCAGAGUAUACCGGAUGCUGCCCUUAUCUGAACGACCUUCUAAAAAAGGAAAGAAACCAAAGACAGAAAAAGAAGACAGAGUUAAGCACAUCAAGGGCUUUGCUGGAGCUUUGUGCCUACAUGAUUCCACCACUCCUGGUAGACUUCACCCCCACCCACCCCCAACAACAGGUGAAAAGCAGAGAGAGAAGGAAAACAUACCUGCUGGUACUCGCGUGGGAGACCUCACAGCAGAACAAGAACCAGUUGAGUCAUCUUUGGGGCUUAGUAAUGGAGUAAGUGAUCUUUCUCCUGAGUAUGCGGUCCUGACUUCAGCUAUAAAAAAUGAAGUGGAUAGUACGGUGAACAUCAUAGUUGUAGGCCAGUCACAUCUGGACAACAGCAUUGAGGAUCAAGAGAUUGUCACUAAUCCACCAGAUAUUUGUCAGGUUGUGGAGGUGACCACUGAGAGCGAUGAACAGCCCGUCAGCAUGAGUGAGCUGUACCCACUGCAGAUUUCCCCCGUGUCUUCCUAUGCAGAAAGCGAAACUACCGAUAGUGUGCCCAGUGAUGAAGAGAGUACCGAGGGUCGACCACACUGGAGGAAGAGGAAUAUUGAAGGCAAACAGUACCUCAGCAACAUGGGGACACGUAGCACCUACCUGCUGCCCAGCAUGGCCACCUUCGUGACUUCCAACAAGCCUGACCUCCAGGUCACCAUCAAAGAGGAGAGCUGUCCAGUGCCUUACAACAGCUCCUGGCCCCCUUUCUCAGACCUCCCCAUCACUUCCUCUGUGACCCCAGCAGCCAGCAGCAGUAGGCCAGACCGGGAGACACGGGCCAGUGUCAUCAAGAAGACGUCAGAUAUCACCCAGGCCCGAGUCAAGAGCUGUUAAGCCUUUGACUUCCCCCUGGUGGUUGUUGGGAUUUCUUAGCUUUGUUUUGUCGUUUGUCUGUAUUUUAUUUUUCUCUCUGACACCUAUUUUAGACAAAUCUAAGGGAAAAAGCCUUGACAAUAGAACAUUGAUUGUUAUGUCCAACUCCAGUACUGGAGCUUCUUUUUAACUCAGGACUCCAGCCUGUUGGUAGAUGUGUAUCUCUAGAGCCUGCUGGAUCUCCCAGGGCUGCUCCCCAAGUUCAAGGACGUCAUAGGACCAACACCCACAUGGGCAGUGGAGGUGCUGCAUUGCCUGCGGUCAAGGCCAGCAUGGUGGAGUGGAUGCCUCAGAAUGGAAGAGAAAAUGUGAACUAGCUGGAAUUUUUUUAUUCUUGUGAAUAUGUACAUAGAGCAGUACUAGCGACGUUGCAGUCUGCUUCUGCACCUUAUCUUAAAGCACUUACAGAUAGACCUUCUCAUGAUCUUGCUCUGUUUCACAGCACAUUCAGCAUCCCCCUUCCCUGCCCUCUCUUCCUGUAUCCCAUUUCACCCAUCCCACCCAUCCCAUCUGAUUCACCCAACCUACCCCCAUCCCAUCCUGUCAAGUUCCUUUUCUCCUUUUCCUCCCCUCAAAGGCUGUGUAUGUUCCACAUCCCUGAGGAGGAAAAGAAAAUGAACUUCUCCAUAGAUGUCCCAUUUUAAGACUGCUUUAAAAAAAGAAAAGAAAAAGAAAAAGAAAAUCUUUCUAAUCUGCUAUGCUUGAAUGCCACGCGGUACAAAGGAAAACCAUCUUGGAGAUAUUAUGCAAAUUCCCAGAUUUGAAGAUGAAAAUACUCUAAUUCUAACCAGAGCAAGCUUUUUUAUUUUUUAUACAGGGGAAUAUUUUAUUCAAGGUAAAAUUCUAAAGAAGAUAUAAUUGUUUUUUAUCUUUUCUACAGCAAAUUUAUAAUUUUAAGAUUCCUUUUCUUGUUUAUCAGCAAUUGUUAUUACAUCCUUGUGGCACAUUUUUUUUUUUAAUUUUGUAAUGGUGAAAAAGCUUUUAUGAGCUCAUGUAGCAAUCAAAUUAUCCUGUGGAUUGAUAAUAAAUGAAUAUGAUAUAUAGUUAAAUUUUUAAUGAC